CCGGCUUAUCAGCGGCAGAAUAUUCGACGGAGAACCCCUCAUUCGCACUUGAUCGCUAGCUAGCAGCGCGAGGAAAAUUGUGUGCCUCUCCGAUCUCGCCAGUUCGUCGCCGUUCUUUCUGAGCAUAUUUUAGUCUUUCCGUCAUGUAGCCAGGUCAAUAUCAAACCAGAGCCCAGCAUCGUGUGCACUUCAUCCAGUUUCAUCCCGUAUUGGAUUACUUCGCUCAGGCCAAUAUUCUCUGACAGUCAUAACCACUUCGGACACCCGCCUGCAGAAAAUACCGGCCGAAAUGCCCCGCCUCCGCCUGUCCCGGCCGGACAUCCACCUGCCGCUGCCGAAGCCCCUCCGUGCUCUCCCUCCGGCCGUGGUGUGGCAGAUCCUGCUCCUCAUCUCUGUCAACAUCAUCGUGUGGGUGGCCAUCGGCAUCAUCCUGCACUUCUACCCGGUGCUCAUCUCGUCCGCCGUGCUCUCCUACACCCUGGGCCUCCGCCACGCCCUCGAUGCCGACCACAUCAGCGCCAUCGACCUGAUGACCCGGCGCCUGAUCGCCGCCGGCCAGCGCCCCGUCAGCGUUGGCACCUGGUUCAGCCUGGGCCACUCCACCAUCGUCAUCAUCACCUGCGUCGUCGUGGCCGCCACGAGCGGCGCGCUAAGGGACCGGUUCGACGGCUUCCAGCGCGUCGGCAACAUCGUCGGCACCAGCGUCAGCGCCGCGUUCCUGCUCAUCCUCUGCGCCGGCAACGCGUGGGUGCUGUUCCGCCUGGUCAAGCGGCUCAGGACGCUGCUCGCGGGCCAGCGCCGGCAGAUCCGCGACGGCGACGAGGCGCAGGGCCCGGGCGACGAGGACACCGCCGCCGCGCAGCUGUCCCUCGAGGGUGUCGGGUUCAUGGGGAAUCUCUUCCGGAAGCUGUUCCGUAUCGUCGACCGCCCGUGGAAGAUGUACCCUCUCGGUGUCAUGUUCGGGUUGGGAUUCGACACCAGCUCUGAGAUCGCCAUACUUGGCAUUGCGAGCAUCCAGGGGGCUGCUGGCACCAGCUUGUGGCUGAUCUUGGUGUUCCCAGUCCUGUUUACUGCCGGCAUGUGUCUUCUCGACACGACAGAUGGAGCCUUGAUGAUGGCUCUUUACACCUCCAAGGCCUUCUCGAGAGACCACAUCGCCAUACUUUAUUAUUCCAUUGUCCUGACUGGAAUCACGAUUGUCGUGUCGGCUUUCAUUGGGGUCAUACAGGUUCUGACGCUUGUGUUAAACGUCGCUGAGCCAGAGGGCAGCUUCUGGGACGGCGUCGAGGCAAUCGGAGACAACUUUGAGAUCAUCGGUGGCAGCAUAUGCGGGCUGUUCCUCGUCGUCGGGUUGGGAUCUGUCCUGGUGUACCGGCCGUGGAGAAGGAGGGUAGACCGAGGCGUGCUUGUGAAUGCCUCGCCCGAUGCGGCUUUUGAGGACGGCACAAGUAGUAACACGCGGGAGCCAGAAGGCGAAGCAGCUCGAACAAAUGAACGCCCAGCACAACCAUAGAGCGACGACUUACCAGUAUAGGUCUUGC